AUGCCGGCCACGGCCAAUUACCACUCGAUGGACCCUUCUCCAACCCACUUGACGGAUCACCACGGUCUUGUAAUGGCGGCUUCAUCCACAAACGAUACUAUUGAUACCUCACCAGACGUCUCUCCCCCGUUUAGUUGUGCAUCUCCUGUGGCCACGCCGGGCGCGUCGCUUCACGGUCUCUCAAGCACGUCAGCCGCCCACGCGAACCCUGCGCCAACGGACCUGACCGAGAAGCAAAGGCCACCAUCAAAGAUCUAUGCUCCCAAAGAAGCCGGUCGGUGGCCCCGACUGGUUGCAGAUAGGUGGUGGUUGGAACUCGGCGCGGCCUUGGUCAGCCUCGGCGGGAUAUUCAGCAUCUUUGGGGUGCUCAUGGCUUACGACCAAAAGCCGGUGCCUCGUCUCGUCAAAGGAAUCACGCUGAACGCUGUCAUCUCUUUCCUGGCCACGAUCUCACGCACGUCCAUCCUGAUGAGUGUGGGAACAUCACUCUCGCAAUGUAAAUGGCUCUGGUUCAAGAAGCGGCGCAACCUAGUAGACCUACAGAACAUGGAUAAUGCAAGUAGAGGCCCUCUCGGAUCGGUCCUCAUGCUUUUCAGCUUUCGUGGCGGUGUCAUAGCCUAUCUCGCCGCAGUCGUCAUGGUCGGCGCCCUAGGCUUCGAGCCAUUUGUUCAACAGUUACUCACUAUUCAGGACAGGGUGGUCCCGAUAGCAUCUGGUGGCAUUCACAUCAACUCCACCACUUCCAUGACAGAGGACAUCGUCACAGCAAUCGAGGACUACCCUGAGACGGACGCACAGAUUACAGCUGCUAUGCUGGCACAUGUGCAACAAAAGGAAGAGACCGAACUUGUUUCAGCAGCUCGGGCAUUGAUUCGACGCAGAAAUUUGCAACGCUCGACUUCCAAUGCAACAUCACAAGCCGCGGUCUCUCCUUUGGAAGCGACCUGUCCAAGUGGGAACUGUGCCUGGCCGAACUACUACACGCUGGACAUGUGCGCGAGAUGUCAAAACGUGACGAAGACGACGUCGGUGAAGAAUCUGUCGCCGAAUGCGGCCAACCUCGCCGGCAUGGUAUCCGCUGCUCGCCAAAACAAACAGGACGGAAGUGUCGUCUCCAGCUCUUCCUUCGAGUGGGAGAUCAUCCCUAGGAAGGGCUACAGCGUCAGAGUCAACUCCACCAUCUCGGCUUUCGUCGACAGUGAGAACCCGGACGGUGAUCCUGAUGAGGUUGAAUAUUCCGGAGAUAUGGUGCGCAAAAUUGUAUGGCCUCUCAAUGUGAUGGUGCCUGUAGGCGGGUUUUUGAACACUACGGAUUGGACACCACAAAGCUUCGCCGGGGUCGAGGGCCCCGUGGUGGCGCUGGGCUACGCCGAGUUUGGACUCAACUCGCAGACUGCACUACCAUUUCUGAACAAUUCCCUCGAGUGUGCCCUCACGUAUUGUGUCAACGAGUACGAUAGGUCGGUCGUUGAAGGUAACUUGGUGUCCAACGUCCUCUCCACCCAGUAUGGUGCAAUCAUAGGCCAUUCAGGGACUAUUUACGAUCUGAGCUGGUCCGCCAAAGUGAACGGCACCGAGUUUACCGUCGAGCCAUUCAUGUACGGCGCUGGCAUGGACACUCUGGCCCGCGCGAUGGUGGGCCGUACUACCUAUUCUAUCUCCGGCAAUUGCCUAGAAAAAAACAAUUGGCGGUGCAGCGAUACACCAGGUUUCUCACUGGAAGGCAACUAUUCCAGUGUGAAGUGGGAAGGAAUCGACCUCGUAGACGACUUCUCUCUGGUCGUUUCGAACGCCAAUUCCAUCGUCAGUGAUGUAGUCCAACAGUAUGGUAAUUUGUCGGUCGCCGGACACAAUACCACCACCAAGUCCUUUGUCGUGGUUCGAUGGCCGUGGAUUACUUUACCGUUGGCGAUUGUCCUUCUAGGAAUGCUUACAUUGGGCAUCACCAUCUGGGAGACGCAUCAUUUGGGAGGGCCGUCGUGGAAAUCGUCGUUACUUCCAUUGAUCUAUUGUUACAAGCAUGACCAUGACGAUGGUGACGAGGACGACGGUCGUCGACAACGAAGCUUUUCAAGUGGACAAGCCACGGUGCAGGCCCCAAUUCCAAUCCUGCCAGUAUCGCAGAGUCGGCUGGUCUUUGAUUCUGAUUCUGGUUCUGGUUCUGGUUCUGGUUCUGGUCCAGAAUCCGAUCUGGUCAGUAGGUUGGAAGUUCAGGCCGAGAGGACUUUUGCAAGGUUGUCCAAGGACGAGUCGGCGCAAGCGCAGGGAGCCUGGAUGCUGAAGGACAUGUAA